UGCUUGUUGCAUUGUGUUUCCCACCCUGCUGCCUCCCCGCCUCUUCCCUUGCAAAAGGAAAGGGAGAAACGACGUCUCAGUUGUGGAGAUACCUGACCAAAAACAUCUCUCGUCUGUUGGCGUGUCAGAUCUGGUUGUUUGCUUACAGCCUUUGACCCUAUCAUGGCCUCCAGUCUAAAUGCCAUCUUCCUUCUUCUCUGGCUCCUUCAGCAUGGAGGACGGCAGGUUGCAGGACAGAAGGUCUCAGUAAAACAAACCCCCCUGAUCCAGGUCUCUUUUGCCAAUGAAAAUGUAUCUAUGAAGUGUCUGGUCAGCUACCCCUACAUGAAGGAAUACACCACCUUCACAAUCUAUUAUUACUGGGUGAACUCAGAAGGCAAGAGAGUCACCAUCAAAAAUUGUUCCGUAUCUGAAGCAAUCCCCACUGGACAGAUGAACCAGACAACAGAGAAGGAUUACCCAUAUACAAUUGGGCCAUCAGAAAACCCCCCUGCUACUGGCACCUACUACUGCGAGGCCAGGUGGAAAAGCACAACAGAAAAAGGAAAUGGGGUAUUCAUCCUUGUUAGAGACACAGGGUACAGAGAGCCCUCCCCGGGCACAUGGAAAUUUCUCAUCGCUCUUACCACUAUCCUCACCAUACUGAGCAUCACUGGAACAGCUCUGCUGCUGUGGAAGAGAAAGACCUGUCAUUUAGUGUCUUGUCCUAAGUUGGUGGUGUGUCCUGGGAGAUGCCCAGAUGUCCUCCAGAGGUGCCCAGACCUAAGCACAGGAGCCCAAGCCCCUUCAGGAAGCUCAGAACCAUCUGGCUCCAUCUACACUUGCCUAGAAUCCCACCAAGCUGAGGUCUAUUCUGUCCUUGAGGAUAACACGAACAGCUUGUCGCUUGAGAAGAAUCCCACUGCUACACUUCAAGACAUGAACAUCUCGCAGCCAGACAAGACUGAAGAUAGAAAUGAAGACCGUGGGAAAACAGAGAAGAAGAAAAAGAAGAAGAAAGAAAAGAAAUCUCAGCAAGAAACUCUGGAAGAACCCUUUGAUACCCUGUAUGAGAAUAUCUAAGGGGAAAGACUGAGCGUGCUUGGACUAUACAUCUCUGAGUAUGAGGGAACUGCCCCUCACAUCUUUAGUAUCCAUCUGAAUUCUCCAGAGACUCAUGACACACUUAUGGCAGAGCCCCACCCUAGUCUCUUUCUAAUCUGUCCUUUAUGGACCUCAGAAUUCCUCUGUUCUGAUCUCAGGGUGGCCCAGGCUGCAUGGGUGCUCCUGCAGAGGAUAUUGCUUUCAAUUAUUUAUAAGUCUGACUUUUAGUGAUCGUUUUAGUCAAGAACUGUGCAAGUUUCCCUCACCCGGCUAUGGCGAUGCAUUUGAGUCUUGAUCUAUAACACUUGUUGUACAAUACAGGGACCCCACUACUUUUUUUGACAGUGCACCUCAAUCCUGAUUUGCAGCCCAUGCUAUCCCACUCCUAGCUCUCUCCUGUCAUGCCAAUAUGAACUUGAUAUAUCGUCUAAUGAGGACCUGAUUGGGAGCCACGGACCCCUGUCGCCGCGUUCCCUUUCUCAACAACUUCAAGCUGAAACAUGCUGAUGCGUAAAGCAAACUGACCUGCUAGCCCUGUACUGUAACUGCAGAUGUACAGUACAGCCCUGUGCUGCUCCAAAACAGUCUGUCGGAUUCAGCUCUGCAAGGUGAAUAUUUUCCUUUGAAUGCAACCAGCGGAAUAGGGUGGGGAGAGGCAGCAAGAAAAGAGAUGCAGAAAAUGAAGCAGGCGUCUUCCCUGCCUGUGGACAUGUCUCAUUGGUGAUGUUCCUCCCAUGAUAAACUAUUUGGAGACAGGGCUUGCGAGAGCAGCUGCCCUGCUGGAGUCUAUCCUGUUUAUAACCCUGUCCCAGGCUGAUGUCCCUUCCAGGAAGGGUGUUCAGAGGGAGAGUUAACAUUCUUCUUUUUAAUAGCAACAAAGAGUCCGUUAUAGACUAACAAAUGUAUUGGAGCAUAAGCUUUCGUGGGUGAAUACCCACUUCGUCCGACGCACGUUUUUAAUAGGUAUUGUUACAUAGUGUGAUUGGUUUUUUAAGCUUUGGUGUGGGCAGAUGUAAUAUCUUGGGGAGAAAUGUUCAUCCCAUUGAAGUCAGUAGGAGUUUUGCCAUUUAUUUCAGUGGAGCCAGGAUAUCACUCCUGGUGUUUAGGGUGGUAUUUUAAAAAAUGCAGCUAAACCAGUUUAUCAGACUCACAAUAUAUGGAGUAGAGGCCCUGUGUGUGAAUUUUCCAUCCAAGCUCUUAUCCUUGCCAUCACAUGGAUCUAGCUCAGGGGUGGCCAUCCUGAGCCUGAGAAGAAGCCAGAAUUUACCAAUGUACAUUGCCGAAGAGCCACAGUAAUAUGUCAGCAGCCCCCCAUUAACUUCCCCCACUCCAGCCUCUAGCGCCUCCCCCUCUGCUCCAUGCCUCCCGCCUGCUGUGAUCAGCUGUUUUGCAUGUGCA